AUGUCACAAGCAUCACCCAUAGCCGAAAGAUUAUCACGAUACGCAUACUCGCCGUCGCAAGGUGCCUCCCGCAAGCGACCUCGACCUCUGCCUGUCAAAGAGGAGGUGCCUUCCUCCUCCGAUUCUGAAGGUGACGACUCCGACAGCAGCCCCAGCGGAAGCGACGCCGAGGCCCCCAGAGAGCGAGCAACAAAACGACGGGCUGAUGGCACUGUGAUCAGCUAUGGGUGGCCCAAAAAUGUCAAGGUUGCCCACCCCUCCAAGUACGAAGGCUAUCCCGAGCUAGACGACCUCUUGCGGCCAGGACUGGACUUGGUGUUCAUUGGUAUUAAGCCCCGCGCGACGCUGACAGAGCAGAGAUCACUAUACGGAAGCGGUUUGACACCUCGCCUUUUUACGCCUUAUGAGGAUCUGAAACUUCCCGACCAGUGCGACAUUGGUCUCACUAACUUGGUGGACCGGUGCACGUCCAUGGCGUCUGAGCUCUCGACCCUUGAGCAACGCAUUGCGGUGUACGGUCUCGCCAAGAAAUUGGCUGAGAAUGGCCCGAAGGUUGCCUGCUUCGUUGGAAAGGGCAUCUGGCAGCAGUUUGAGUCAAUCGUGAAGCGGUCAGCCUCGCCAGCUGCCGGGAACGGAGCAGCGGUGAAUCAGGAGGACGAGGCAGGUCCCAGCCAGGGAACGAACAGAACCCCUCGCGUCAUCCGCUACAGCUUACAGAACGGGCAGGUGACGGAGGAUCAGACUUCAGCUGCCAACAGCCAAGUCAAAGCUGAGCCCGAGUCGCCUUCAUCAUCCUCGGCAUCGGUCGGGGAAGUGGAGAUGAACCUUCUGGAUGAUGGUCUGGAUGAGCCCAUCACUCCACUGCGAAACGGGCGCAGCCCGACCAUCACGCCCACACCGCGAGCUCGAAAGGGCAAGGCCAAGGCGACUCCCAAGCCCAAGCCGCCCAAACGGCCGUUCCUCUGGGAUGCUCCCCAGAUGUACCGUCUCCCAUCCUCAGCUGAGGGCGGAUACACCUAUCUCUGGGUCGUACCGAACACGUCCGGCUUGGAGCGGUCCACGCUCGGCGAGCAGAUUGAGCACUUCUCUGCCCUCAAGCGACUGGUGGACCGGCGCAAGCGUGGCGAGGGCCCGCUUGCUCCGGACGAGGACGGCAACGCGCCUCCUCCCGUCGAAGACGUGUUCUGGAACAUUGACCUGGACGCUGUCAGACAAACCUGCGAGGACGAGAAGAACAAGCGACUCGCAAACAAGAAGCGCAAGUAG